UUGGGAUGUUGAAAAUCAAAUUAUAAAUUCUAAAAUUUAAAUUUAAAUUUUAGCCUAUCCUCAGAGUACACAAACAGCUGUAAAAGAUAUUGGUGGAACUAUAGAAAUGAAUUGUUCAGUUUUCAAUGCUAGCAGAUUUCCUGUUGCAUGGCUUAAAUUUGAAAAAGAAGAUCCUAGUAAAACUGUUGUUCUAUCAAUUGGUAAUAAUCUUAUUGUUAGAGAUUCAAGAUUUUCAUUAGUAGUUUUCAUUGGAACCGAAAGCAGUAGUCGAACAUUUAAGAUUACGAAUAUACAUAAUAACGAUGUAGCUUUAUAUCGCUGUGUAGUGAUGUGUGAUGAUGUCGACGGCGACACCAAUACAUCUGCAGAUGUUCGGUUAGAAGUCAAUCGGCCCCCGGUAAUUUUAAAAUUGUCUUCGUCUUCCACCAUAAUGAUCGCGAGAGAAGGUCUACCCUCGAGACUAGAAUGUUAUGCUGACGGAUUUCCUAAACCAAGGGUUUCCUGGAGUCGACAAUAUAAUGGAAUUUUAACUACGGGAGGGCAGUUUUAUAGGUAUCUCAACGGAGAAGAAGAGGCAAAAUUUUUUUUAAUUGAAUAUACAGAUUAAAUAUUUACAUAAAUAAAUACAAAUUUCGUUUUUUCAGAGGCAAUG